AUGGUUUCAACUGAGAAAACGAGCCCUAAUGAUGAGAAUAGCGAGGAUCAAGAUGAAGCCCAGACUAUAGAGAACCAUACAAAGGAUGCAACCAUCAUUGAAAAUUCUGAUGAUGAGGAAGUAGUCGGAGUGGUGAAUCUCAUGCCAAAAUUUAUGGUGAAAAAUCUCGGCAUCACAGUCGAUAAGUUAUCUCGUAGCCGUCUUAUUAUUCAAGGUUUUAACCAAGGAGAACAGAAAGCUAUUGGUAUGAUUCGGGCGAAGCUAACUAUUAGCGAGCUCCAAGCUAAAACCUUAUUCCAUGUUAUUAAUGCAAUGACGUCCUACAAUUUGUUGUUGGGAAGGCCUUGGAUACAUAGUAAUGGCAUCAUUCCAUUGACUCUUCAUCAGUGCUUCAAAUGCAAUAAGAAUGGCAUAUAA